AAUCCAACCACCAAGCCCAAGUUUAACGGUUGCCAUCUAAAAAAUGGCUUCCUGCAACUUGCCUGUGCCGACAACGACACAGUGCAGUGGUUGGAAAGGGAGGUACCUUCUCUCGUACCAUGGGAGGGAGCACAACUUCGUGUAUACCACAUGAAGGAUCUGCCGAAGGCCAGACGGUAUGUCGGUUACUUCGCGGACAGUGCGAACUCUCCGGACGAGAAGAUUCUUCGUUCACUCCAGAAUCAGAACGACCAUCUCUCUACCAAAAUGUGGCGAGUCUGUAACCGCAAAUUGGUAAAGACCUUGGUCGAACUAGUUCUGGAUAUUGACGAAGAAUCGGCCAAACUCGUUGAGAGUAGAAAUUAUGAACUGCACUACGGUUUCGGCAAAGCACGCAUCCGAAAGGUAAGCGGAAGGCCGAACGUCACAGGCGGGAAAGACUCCGUCGCAAUGUCAGGGAAGGUACGUGCGGGUAACUCCUCCGGGAGUACUCUGCCACCACCCAGGCAAAACGAUCCUGCGAAUGGGCUAAAGGUUCGCGUGGGAAACUCCUCCGGGAGUGCCCCACAACCACCCAAACGCAACCCUGCGAUUGGGAAGGUACGCGCAGGAUGCUCCCCCGUGAGUGCCCUGUCACCACCCAAAAAACGCAACCCCGCGGCUGCUCGGACGGUUCCGCCGAAGACUCGCAAGAGUGUGAAGCAUCAACCACCGAAAAGUCGCACCCCCCGGAGUCAAAAACCACCACAGUGUGCGCGACGACCUUCUGUUGCCAAUCGACUGCUGCAACCGAAGCCGAACAGUGAGGAAGAGCAACUUCCAUCAACCAGCCAAACCGCUGUUGGCAGCCGUCAGCCAAUACCAGGAUCAUCUUCCGAUCCGGACAAAGACGGCAACUUCACUGCAAAGUGAGCAGCCUUCGCUGCGUGCAAGCGAAUCUCCAUCACGCAAAAGGCGCCUCGGGUGUUCUUUGCAGGAGAUUCGCCAAAGAGCAGCUAGCGGCUGCUUUCAUCCAGGAGCCGUGGAUCAACGAAUCCAAAGUUCUCGGACUUAACGCUCCUAACGAAUUUAUCCAACGCGACGUCGUUGCCGUCACGGUUGAAGUACCGACAACCAGAGGAAAGCAGGAAAUGGUUGUCGCGUCGGCCUACUUCCCGGGCGACCAAGGUGAUAUACCGCCACCCGAAGUUGCUGCGCUCGUGCGGUACU